CUUUGAGUACAAUAAUAGCAGAAUCCGUCAUUUAUGAGUUUAUUUUUCGUUGCUUCUUUGCACCCUUUGUAAACGUCAUCACCAGUCGACAAAUGUGUUUCUGUUGCCCUAGCAAGCUGCUGGAGAACUAGCUUCUUCUUCAGACACACUCGGCACCUGCUGUUUUCUCAGAUUUUGAUCCCAGAUGACGGCCUCCACCCGCAGGACGGUGCUGUCACUGUACAUGCGGGUGUUUCGCAUCGCCCGAACCUGGCAGGCACAGAGUGGAGUUACAAGUGACACAGAGACUGAGCGAAAAUACAUACUUCAGGAAGCCCGCACUCUGUUCAGACAAAACCAACAGCUCACAGAUCAAGAGUCCAUAAAGAAGUGUAUAGAAGAAUGUGAAGCAAGGAUAGAAAUAGGUCUACAUUACAGGAACCCAUAUCCAAGGGCUACGUACUUACCACCCCUGGGACUGGCAACUCAGAAGGGCAGGAAGCUGCGAGCACAGCAGCGCCUGAGGAAGCAGGCCAAGCCAAUUUACUUACAGUCACAUGACGAGACCUGAUGCUUGAGCUCACCCAUCCUCACCACGAGUUCAAGUUACCAAGGACAGGAAACUGGAGUGCAGGCACAAGCUGAUCUCACGGGCUGAGUUGUUGCAAGCACUCACUGAUGCACCUGUUAUUCAGGGAAAAGCCAUUUUUCAUUGUCAUUUGUUUUUUACUGUAAAAUGCGUAAACAUAAGUUCUUAUUGUAGCAGAGGAGUGCCAGCUUCUGUGCUUUCACUGUGGUUUGAUCUGUAAUAUAAGGGCAACUUUUAUAUGUUAUUUAUUUUUCGGUGUU